UCUCCAUAGCGCUGGGAGACCCGGCGGGGACGUGCCAAAAAGGGUCCUUUUUCCCCCAAGCAGCGGCCAGGCGCUCUGGGUGUGUGUGUGUGUUGUGCGUGUGUGCGUGUGUGAGUGAGUGAGAGAGAGAGAGCGAGAGAGAGAGAGAGAGGCACCCCCGCGCAUACACACCCGAGCCAGAGCUGGCGAGAGGCGACCGGGCAGUCGCUCGGAGGCAGCGAGCGAGAGGGACGCGAGGAGGCAGCGGCGCAGCAGCCGCCGGAGCCGGAGCAUCGCCAGCCGGAGCAGGGCUUGGCACCGGUUGCCCGAGAUCCUCCUCAUCCUCACCCCAAGGCUGCCGAGCGGGGGAAAGGCUUUCCAGAGCCAGCCAGCGAGGCGAGGCAGCGGCAGAGCCCGGGAACUGAACCCGGCCAAGGGAAGGGGGGAUGCUCGCCUUGACCUGACACCUCGCCGCGGAGACGCCGGGACCGGUUUCUGCGGGAGAUCCUGGCCAGGCAGCAACUCCGGCUGCCGGAGGAGGCGUCGCCACCGGGGUAUGUCCAGCGAGCGGCCGGGCAGGCAGGACGGUGGGGGAGCCCGCGAGGAGAGCCGGGCGCGGAUCGGCGAUCAUCUGAAAGGAUUCUAUUUUUCAUUGAACACAUCACUCCGCCUCCAUCUGCUUACACCCAAUUACGGACUAUUUUCCUGAGAUCCCAUCCAUUUCAAGGCGCUCUCAUACCCUACAUCUGGAACGACAGCUAGGCGGUGUUUUAAUGAAGAAACCUCCAAGCUGCUAACAGUGAUACAGGCAGAGGCUGAAGACCUCAGAGGCAAACCAUGCAGUCGUCAUGGAAACUCACGCUGCUCCUGUCACUCACUAGCUGUCUUACAGAAUAUUCCAAAGCUGUCCCAGGAAUCCCGCCUUCGUAUGCUGCUGUCCUAAGACUGAAAUCUGCCAGUUCAUCUUAUGCCUCCUCUGCCUUGAACUCAAAGAGCCGGCAACGAUCCAGCAGCAGCCCUGCCUUGGGGAGCAUCUCUUCUCCAAGCUGGCGAGGGGCACCCCAGCAUUAUCACUCGCCAACAACACUCCACCAAGUCUCCGAGGCCUUCAAACAUGACGAGAGCGCAGAUUAUGGGCCAGUGUUUAUUCAGGAACCCGACAGUGUGAUCUUCCCAACUGAUUCAGAUGAGAAGAAAAUUUCCUUCAGCUGUCAAGCCCAAGGGAACCCUGCACCGACCUACAGAUGGCUCCGGAAUGGAACAGAGAUUGACACUGAAGAUGACUACCGCUACAGUUUGAUAGAAGGAAGCAUAAUUAUCAACAAUCCUAGUGAAACAAAAGAUGCUGGACAGUAUCAGUGCUUAACUACUAAUGUUUUCGGCAGCAUUCUGAGCAGAGAGGCCACACUUCAAUUUGCAUAUCUGGGGAAUUUCAGUGGCCGGACAAGAAGUGCCGUCUCAGUGAGAGAAGGUCAAGGUGUCGUUCUGAUGUGUUCUCCUCCACUUCACUCUCCAGAAAUCAUCUAUAGCUGGGUAUUUAAUGAGUUCCCCUCCUUUGUGGCAGAGGAUAGUCGGCGGUUCAUCUCCCAGGAAACAGGCAACCUCUACAUAUCCAAGGUGCAACCCUCUGAUGUAGGUAGCUACAUCUGCCUGGUGAAGAACACGGUGACCAAUGCCAGAGUCCUUAGCCCUCCAACGCCACUGACACUCCGAACAGAUGGUGUGAUGGGGGAAUAUGAGCCGAAAAUCGAAGUCCAUUUUCCAUACACAGUUACAGCCGCAAAGGGAUCUACCAUUAGAAUGGAGUGCUUUGCACUUGGCAACCCUGUUCCAACAAUCUCUUGGAGGAAAGUCAAUGGUCCCACUCCGAGCAAAGGCCGGCUGCGGAAGUCCCAAGCGCUGCUUGAAAUCCCGAACGUGCAGCUGGAAGAUGCAGGCACAUACGAAUGCAAAGCUGAAAACUCCCGUGGAAGAAAUGUCUUCAGAGGGCAGCUGCAAGUAUACACAUACCCACACUGGGUAGAGAGGCUUAAUGAUACCCAGCUAGAUAGUAGGGAUCAGCUUCGAUGGGAAUGUAAAGCGACUGGAAAGCCACGGCCAACGUAUCGCUGGCUAAAAAAUGGAGCACUGCUCUGGCCAGAGAGCAGGAUUGAGAUGGUUAAUGGUGUACUGAUGAUCCACAGUGUCAAUCAGUCGGAUGCUGGGAUGUACCAGUGUGUAGCAGAGAACAAGCAUGGAGCCAUUUACACCAGUGCUGAACUGAGGAUUUUGGCCUCUGCUCCAACGUUCCCACUAAGUCAGCUGAAGAAAACCAUCAUCGUCACCAUCGGCCAAGAAGUUACAGUGGAGUGCAAGCCGCAAGGCUCUCCGAAACCUUCCAUCUCAUGGAAAAAAGGAGAAAAGGCACUGAGAGAAAAUAAAAGGAUAACUGUUCUUCUAGAUGGGACUCUGAGAAUCCUGAAUGCCUCCAAACUGGAUGAGGGAAGAUAUGUAUGCCGAGGGGAAAACAUAUUUGGUUCUGCAGAAUUGGCAGCUUCUGUGUUUAUUAAAGCUCCUACCCGGAUAGACCUGUCUCCAAAGAGGACUGAAUUAACUGUGGGAGAAAGCAUUGUCCUCAGCUGCAAAGCCUUUCAUGACCCCACGUUAGAUGUCUUUUUCCACUGGAUGUUGAAUGGUCAGCCCAUCGAUUUUGAGAAGGAAGGUGGACACUUUGAAAGCAUCCUGGUGCAAGAAUCCUCCGCAGAUUUAAUGAUCAGGAACAUUCUUCUGAUGCAUGCUGGGAGAUAUGGCUGCAGGGUACAGACUACAGCAGACAGUGUGUCAGAUGAGGCAGAACUUCUUGUUAGGGGUCCUCCUGGGCCUCCUGGAGUAGUGAUUGUUGAAGAAAUCACUGAAACCACUGCAACCCUGUCCUGGACUCCUGGGGCAGACAAUCACAGCCCCAUCACCACCUAUAACCUGCAAGCAAGAAGUCCGUUUUCUCUUGGCUGGCAGACUGUGAAAACAGUUCCGGAAAACAUCAGCGGUGACUUAGAAUCUGCCAUGGCUGUUGAAUUGAACCCUUGGGUGGAAUAUGAAUUCAGAGUUGUAGCCUCUAACAGAAUUGGAACUGGAGAUCCAAGUGCACCAUCUAGAGUGAUUAGGACCAAGGAGGCAGUUCCAAAGACAGCUCCGGCGAAUGUAAGUGGCAGAAGUGGAAGACGGCAUGAAUUAGUAAUAGCGUGGGAGCCAGUCUCCGAAGAGUUUCAGAAUGGAGAAGGAUUUGGUUACAUUGUGGCUUUCAAGCCCAAUGAGGCCAGGGGCUGGAAGGAAAAAAUGGUGACCUCGUCUGAUGCCUCCAAGUUUAUCUACAGAGAUGAGAGCGUACCGCCGCUAACUCCGUUCGAAGUGAAAGUUGGUGCUUAUAACAACAAAGGAGAUGGACCCUUCAGUCCUAUUGUUAUUAUCCAUUCUGCUGAGGGUGAACCCAGUGAUGCUCCAACAGAUGUCAAGGCUGCAGGAUUGUCUGUAUCAGAGAUCCUCGUCUCAUGGAGGCAUAGCAAAGAAAGUCUAGGAAGACCUCAGGGAUUUGAGGUUAGUUACUGGAAAGAUAUUGAACAAGAGGAAGCAGCUGAAAAAAUCCGUACAGAAGGAAAUGAGUCAUCCAUCAUUCUAACUGGGCUUGAAGGCAACACCUUGUAUCACAUGAGAGUGAAGGCAUUCAAUGCAGCAGGGUAUGGGCCACCCAGCAACACGGUCCGAGCAGCCACCAAGAAAUCCCCUCCUAGUCAAGCACCAAGCAAUAUUAUGUGGAUACAAGAAGGCUCUCACAUCUCUCUGGGAUGGGAACCUGUUAGGCCUUUAGCAAAUGAAUCGGAUGUCAUGGGAUACAAGGUGCUGUAUAGACAAGAAGGUAACAGCAACAGUGAAGUCAUUGAAACACAGAAAACCUCUGCAGUGGUACUUCUACCUGAUGUAGGUGUCUAUAUCAUAGAAGUCCGUGCAGUCAGUGAAGGAGGGGAUGGAACGAGUUCCCAAAUCAGGAUACCAUCCUUUUCAGGUGGGAAAGUCACAAGUUCUCAAUCAAGCCUAACAGCUUUCUCCACGUCCUCAUCAACCGUAACGUUUCUAUUAGUACUGAUGGUUCCAUCAACCUCGUGGUGAAAACUGUGGACCUUUUUCUUUCAUCUGUUUGAUUGCUUUAGCCCACUAACGCCGAUGGAGAGAGCCCUGCGUCCCCAGAGGAACGAAAGGCAAAGACCAAACUGUCAGAGGCACAUGGAAAUGCACACAGCACAGCAGGAGUAUUGAGGGCAGGGGAAGAAUAAAUGCUAAAAUACUUCACCAGGUUCAUUCUCUUCACUUUUCCGAAUGUCCUCUUUGAGGAGGAGGCAUUUAUUGCCCAACCGAAAAUAUGCAGAUUGUAUGAAAUGAACUUUUGUAAGCAAAUUAAAUUUUUGUCUAAUUUACUUUUCUUUUCAAAUAUGUUUAUAUGAGCAGGCACCAGUCUUGAAUCAUUAGUAGUUUAAACCGUGAUGUCUAGUACAGUACAUCAAUUAUGUUUGACUUGUUAUGGAUUUUAUUUUGAGAACGCCUGAUAAAUGCUUGGAGUCAAGUGGGUUUUCUCCCCCCACCCCUCGCCGCUUUACCUCUUUCCACAUGAUUAGGUUUUUUCCCCUCCCAAAUUGACAAGGCAUGGCAAAAGCUAUGUUAGGUGGCCCUUUUCUAAAUCACUGUAGAAAACGUUGCCUUUCAUAGAAAUUCCUAAUGCCAGGUCAAGUUAGCAAAGUAUGGUAAUUUUCUAUUGUUUUCUGCUCUGUUGUAUUCUUUGAGUAUAUAAUGAGACUCUUUUUUUUUUUUGCUUUGUGAGGUAAAUGUAAAGCAUUUGGACACAGAGCAAAACUCAGCCCUCUUAUUUUUCAGUACAAUAUCAUCCACCUCAGCAGCCGAAGGAGAAAAUAUUUAUUUUUAAUAGCUAGAAUACAGCUGAUUGGCGAAUGCACACUUAAUCACACCCUGCAGUUAUUACCAACUGGACGCAAGAAUUGGUUGCAAGAGGAGAAAGCUGCUAUCUUCAGAUAUCUUUCAGUCUGGGGGGGCGGGGGUGGGAGUAGCUCAUUUUUGUACAGUACCAUACUGUCUAAAUUUGAUGAUUCAAUAAAAGGAAAUAAAAAAAAUUCAAUAGAAGGUAAUCAAAAAACAUAUCCUGAGCUCAAGAAAAUGAUGUUGCUUGGAUUGCUAUCAGUGAGACGUAUACAAUUCCAAUAGGAGAGAUACUGUGUCCUUUGGAAAACUGGAACAGAUAUUGUUGAGCAACGUUUCUAACUAUUUAAGCCAGAGCCCUCCAACCUUUCCAAGAUCUAUACAUCAGGUCCACUUUUAGAGGGUUGGAUCUAACCCCCUCUUCCCCCCUUGAUCUCACCCAUUUCUCCUCCUUAUAAAUCUAUCCUAUAUGACUUUUAUCAAAGCAGGUCCCAUGAUCCCUGCAAAGCCUUUUUGAGUGAAUUUUAGAGGGCCACUCUUUUUCACCAGUGGGAAGGCUUGUUGGAUCGAGCCCAGCGUUUUCCAUCUUGUCUGUUACUGUUACCUCACUUCUUUGCAAAUAUGGAUCUUUCUUUCUUUGUUUCACUGCUCUAAGCAGGAUCAUAGGCCUGGCUCUCUUAAAGAAAUCCCUUUUCUGGAUUUUCGGUUUUCAUUCUGUACUUACAGAACUGUGCAGGAAACGGUGCAAGCAGUGGCUUAGACUUAGUGGACAUUUCCAUGGAUGGAAUGGGGUGGUGAUUUCCAUUGAUUCUCUCUUCCUGCUCUGACUCCUACCCCCCAUCUGUGCCAUACCUGGGUGGUCCCCUUUCCCCAGAAGCAGCAUUGGGGAACAUUUUGGGCUGUUAUGGGAGGUCUGCAUUGUUGACAAAAAUUCCUGUCCAUUAAUGUGGAUUUUCGCAAGGAUCCAGCCCGGCAUUCCCUCCAAUUGCUCAGUAAAUGGUUCACUCACUCCAACCAUCUAGUUUUUGAGGCAAGUACAAAUAGCAGCUGUAAUAGCCCAGACUAACCUAAUUUCAUCGGAAGCUAAGCAGGGUCAGUACUUGGAGGGGAGACCACCAAAGAAGACUGGAGCUGCUAUGCAGAAGAAUCAUAGAGCUGGAAGAGACCACAAGGGCCAUCAAGUCCAACCCCCUGCGAUGGAAGGCAGUGGCAAACAAUUUCUGCUUGUUUCUUGCCUUGAAAACACUAUGAGGUAGAACUUCAUGGGGUCUCCACGAGUUGUUUGCGAUUCGAUGGUAUACUUUAUCUUUACAUAGGCAGCGAGAUCCACAAACAAAAAUUCGAGGCAUUUUUUAAUGUUACAAAAUUAAUCAUAUGAAUAUUUAAAGAUAGCAGAAUACCCUUUGCUCCCUCUCACUACAAAAUGUCUAGCUAUGGCCCUUCUUUCUUCCCCCUGAAUCCAUCUUUCCCUCAAUAGGAUAUUUUGUCCAGUCACUCAUAGGCCCCCAAUUUAUGAUGCCUUUUCAUCUGCUGUCAAUUGAAAUCUGAGAAUGUAUUGUCGAAGGCUUUCAUGGCCGGAAUCAACUGCUUGUUGUGGGUUUUCCCGCCGUCUGUGUGUGCCAAGGAGAGAUGUGCCGCUGAAGAUGCCAGCCAUAGAUGCAAGUGAAAUGUUAGGAGCAAAAACUACCAGACUAUGGCCACCCAGCCCAGAAAAAACACAACCCCUGGUUAAUUCAAGAAGUUUUUCUGUGAUAUCAUAGAUUAUCCAUUUUGAGGAACAGUGGAAGAAGCAGCAUUCCCUUUGUUGGUCUUGGUGUUUGAAGUACCAAAAUGCCUCUUCCUACUUUCUAUGGUAAACAAAUGUGAGUAGAUUUGUUUAUUGGGGUGAAUCUCGUAUAGCAAGAGACACAGAUUUGAAUAAUGUAUUUCUGAAUAAAAUAUCUUUAGUCAGAUAAUAGGGAAAAUGCUGAGAUUGGAAGUAUCCAAUGUGAUUUUUUUAAGGGAAAGCAAGAGAAAAAAUGUAGUUGGAUACCAGAUAGAGGUUAUCUAUCUAGGGUGGGGCAAAGCAGUGCUUCCCCUCAAGGGGUGCCAGCCGACGUCCCAUAGCCUCUGGGAGCAAAUGAGCCCCACCCACCAAACUGCACAUGGAGUUCAGGGGCAGACACACAUUUGAAUGCUGAACCCAGUCCGUGAUCAAUGGGGCUUGGCUUGGCCGAGUCCAGUGUUAAACUGCAGGCUGAACCCAGCAUUGAACUGAGCACUCAGACUGACCAGCAGGUGAGGUGGAGCAGUAUGAAGCUGGAACUGGUCAGACCAAGGCAGAUGCUGGGCUCAGCUAGCACUGAACAUUGUGCUGGGUCUGACCAACUCCAGUUUUAUACUGCUGUCUCCAACCCCCCACCCUCACUCCCAGGUCCCCCUCUGAAAGUCAGAUGGAGCUUGGCAGAGCCACAGUAUAUAGCCAGUUAGACCCAGUGUUCAGUUGGCUGCUGGGCUGAGCAUGGCUGGCUUGAGUUUCAGCCACAGUUCUCAAUGGAUAUGUACCUGAUCCUAGAAAUGGUACAUCCAAGAACAGCUCAGCAAAAGAGGUGCUGGGUUUG